AUGGUCGACCAAAGCGACGUGUUUUAUGAUCAAAUAACCUCGUCUCUUGUGCAGGCUACGGAAGUCAUGACUGACUCCUCGCUGCCGGACGACAACAAACAACACAGCCCAGCCAGUCAAUCAGGCCCAAUGGACCAGCAGAUAGCACAUCCUAAUCUGGGCCAGGGUUUAUUGCCAAGUCAAGGUGAUACAACAUCAUUCUCACACAAUCUUGACCCCUUCGGAAUUUUGGGCGGCCCUGCUCCCUUAAACAACUUACUUGAUGACCCGGGUAGCUCCAUCGGAGCGAUGGACUACGACACUCAAGAAGGUUUCUAUAGCUUAGAUCAAGUGCAGCAUUCUGCUUCGGCCCCUCAACUUGAAUCGCAUCAAACCAAUUCUGAGUCCCAAAUUUCUGGUUUUCAGUCGCAUCAGCAUUACAAUUCUGGCCAAACACAUCCCCCAUUAGGUUUACCUUCUUCGACUGCUGGUAUUGAGAAUGAUGCUCCUGUUUCUGGUAUCGCCAAUUCUACGGGUCAAUUGAUAGCUAAUUCAUCCCUCUUUACGAUGGAAGCCGGUUCAAUGGCCUCUGCUCCCUUCGCCCAUCACACCAACAUCGAGACCAGUCCAAUCUAUCCAGGCGUCUUUCCUCAUGCUCCGGGGAGCAACGGUGAUGAUGAGGACAUGGGCUCCAUGAGCGGUGAGGAAUAUUACGAUGAUUAUGACGAUGAUGACGAUGAUGAUGAUGAUGAUGGAGAUUCCGAUGAUGAGGAUAACCCGGCGUACGGCAAUACCCUCAUUGAAGAUUCUGACCUGUAUCGUUUCUCCUCUGACAGGUUGCCCCGAGUUCCUUCUAUAUUUGGAAGCUCGAGAAGUACAUACGAUGAUUCCAAUUCGGAGAUAAACGAUACCGAAAAGUUUUACAUAACCGAUGAUGAAAUAUCUUGUUGUGAUCCUACAGAAUACAGUAACCCAAUGUUUGACUUUGGCAGCGAUGUGCAUGAUAGUGGAGUUUAUCAAAGUCACGCUCAAAGCUCUACCACCAAUGGACGCUCUCAACCCAUGUCUUUUACGAAUUUCGACAACAGCACUAUCCAAAAUUUUACCCUUAGUAACGACGCGGAUGAAGACGAUCACCUCGAUUUCGGGGGGUUUCCGCAAACUGAAACCGUGUCAAAUUUCAUUUCUCAAUUCUCAAUUUUUGCAGCACCAUCUAAAGGAAUCUUCCUAUUUCGUGAUUCCUAUAAUGCCCUUUUCGUCAAUGACACAACGAUCACUUUCCUUGCUGGUCUUGACAUGACGGACGCUUUUUUGAAAUCUCAUGAUCAUACAAAAGAAUCACCACACUUUGUAUUAUAUCAAACACUGCCCUGGCCCAGGACUUCAGCCUCUCCACAAGUCACCCCACCCAGCCGGAGAAUUGCUGCAGUUACACGCCCUGAUGGUCUUCUAACUGAGGACCAGUAUACUUACAUGCACGGCCCCUCUGAAGAGUCAAUUUACUACGUCCCUCCAUCAUUGGUUUUAAAAUACUUCAGUGCCCAUAUUGCCAGCAGUCUUCUAGCGGCCCCUCUCGCUCCGUGCGAUGGCCAUACAUACACACUUGCUAACGGACUUGAAUUUCCAGCGUUCGAGAAGAAUCUAACAGUCGAGAUGUUCAUUAAGCAAUGGCUUGUUCGAUCAAGGGUACCUCUCGAGCAGCUUGCUUUGAAGGAUCGACCUCACGUCACGAUAUCAGAUGCAGCAGCAGACGUCUCGUAUUGGCCUCGUCCCCACAAGAUAACGCGUCCUGAGAAGCAUCAAUUUAAGGUUUAUGAUAUUCAGAAUAUCCCUUGGUCAAAAAGGAUGAGUGUCCGGAGGUCCGAUGCUAGGAUCCUUCGUGAUAGCUGGUACAAAGGCUACCGUAAUUUGAUAUUCAAUCCUCAUGGGUAUUCGAAGCGGCUACCACAGACCGAGAAAUUCUUCAUGGCGAAGACCAUGUAUACCAAAUACAAGGCGUCAAUGUCCCAUUUUCAACUGCGCAAUCUUAUGUCCGUGACAUCGUCGAAUACCGUGCAAUAUGCUCAUCGAUCCAAAAUUUACACAGUAACCCCGUUUCACAACCAAAAACAUUUCCUGAUAGACCUCUCUAAUCCGUCAAAAUCGGCGACCUUUUUUGAGCCAGUCAAAAUUUCAACCAUGAAAGCGAAGCAUGGUGUCACAGUAGUUGGCGGGUUCUCUGGCGAAUAUGCGAUGAGAGGUGACGUGACCGAUCACAACACUGUGGAUGGCUAUAUCACUAAAAGCCAAAACGGAAUCACAAAUCAUAUUGAUAUUGUUAGGCAUCGGACGAGUCGUAGCCCUCAGGCAAUUAUAUCAUCGAACGAUCAAUAUAUUCGAAUCCUUGACUGUGAGACCAACAAAUUUGUCCAAAACCACAAAUUCGCUCGUGCAAUUAACUGCACUGACACCUCUUUGGAUGGUCGACUACGCGUUAUAGUUGGCGAUGCUAAAGAAGCAUGGAUAAUCGAUAGCGAAAGUGGAAAACCGGUGCAACCACUAGUCGGCCAUCAAGACUUUGGAUUCGCAUGCGCCUGGUCGCCGGAUAUGCUCCAUGUUGCAACUAGCAAUCAGGAUGGAACAGUCAACAUCUGGGAUGCUCGUAUGUGGCGAGUACUCCAAUUUAUCGAGUCUGAUGUAGCGGGUUAUCGCUCUUUACGAUAUUCUCCUGUUGGAGGUGGCCCACGUACGCUUCUGAUGUGCGAGCCAGCAGACCGCAUUGCAAUAGUCAAUGCACAAACCUACCAGACACGUCAAGUACACGAUUUCUUUGGUGAAAUUGGAGGGGCUGACUACACACCUGAUGGAGGCCGGAUCUGGGUGGCAAAUAUGGAUCAUAUGUUUGGCGGAUUGAUGGAGUUCGAUCGAUGCCAGUGGGGUCAGGAGUUUGGGAUCGGGCGAACGAGGAAGCGAUAUAUAGAGGAGCGCCUUGAUACUUACUAUCCCGAUUUGCCUAACGAGUGGCUUCCUGAAGCGGACUUAGAUGACGAUGAGAGGUGUGCGCUCGGGCCUGGAGAGAGAAAGUUGCGCUUCAGGCGCUUGAUGGGCAACAGAGAACAUGCUGACCUUCUUUGUUGA